AGUCACCUGACACAAACAACGCAACACAGGCGUCUCUUCAGCUAGGAACGUUGAUCAUGCUGCUGACUUGCCAGCCAAACUAUUACCCAUUAUAACAUCGUGAAGUUCAACGUUGUACUUUGUUUCAGAGGAAAGUUCUCUAAAAGAGUCAACAUGCCUCAGUCGUCGGCCCUCAUCAGUGGGGUUCAGAGCCUGGUGGUGUACGAGACAAGAGCCCGGUAUUUCAUAGUGGGAAGUAAUCAGGCUCAAACCAAACAUCGCGUGCUGAAGAUCGACCGCACCGAACCAAAGGAUCUGGUCAUCAUCGACGACAAGCAUGUGUACAGCCAGCAGGAGGUCAGGGAACUGCUUGGACGCUUGGAUCUGGGAAACCGGACUAAGAUUGGGCAAAAGGGAUCCUCUGGGCUGUCCCGGGCGGUCUCUGCCUACGGCAUUGUGGGGUUUGUGCGUUUCCUGGAGGGCUACUACAUUGUGUUGAUCACCAAGCGCAGAAAGAUGGCCGACAUUGGCGGUCACUCCAUUUACAAAGUAGAAGACACCAGCAUGAUCUACAUCCCAAUUGACUCUGUCAGGGUCACACACCCCGAUGAGGCCAGGUAUGUGAGGAUCUUUCAGAAUGUUGACCUGUCCAGCAACUUCUACUUCAGCUAUAGCUACGACCUGAGCCACUCGCUGCAGUACAACCUGACCAUGCUGCUGAGGCCCUGGGAGCUGAGUUCCACGGUGGAGCCCUCGGUCGACGAGGAGCACUCCUCACAGAGCCGCCAGGACAGCUUCGACAUCUUCGAGGACGAGGGACUUCCCAUGCAAGUGGUGAACGGGCUGAAGAGUGAACCCUACCUUAAGUAUGUCUGGAACGGGAAGCUCCUGGAGCGGGUCAAGGACAUCGUGCAUCACGAUUGGCUGAUGUACAUCAUCCACGGCUUCUGCGGCCAAUCCAAGCUGGUCAUCUACGGCCGGCCCGUCCACGUCACCCUCAUCGCCAGGCGCUCCAGCAGGUUUGCUGGCACUCGCUUCCUCAAAAGAGGUGCCAACUGUGAGGGCGACGUGGCCAACGAGGUCGAGACGGAGCAGAUAAUCCACGACGCCUCCGUCAUGUCCUUCACAGCGGGAAGCUACUCCUCCUACGUCCAGGUGCGAGGCUCCGUGCCCCUCUACUGGUCCCAGGACAUCUCCACCAUGAUGCCCAAGCCCCCCAUACGAUUGGAUCAGGCAGACCCGUACGCCUACGUCGCCGCUCUCCACUUUGACCAGAUGCUGCAGCGCUUUGGAUCACCCAUCAUCAUCCUCAACCUGGUCAAGAAACGCGAAAAGAGGAAACACGAGAAGAUCCUGAGUGAGGAGCUGUACCCGGCAGUGAUCAACCUAAACCAGUUCCUACCGCCCGAGCACUGCAUCGACUACAUUGCCUGGGACAUGGCCCGCUACACCAAGAGUAAACUCUGCAACGUGUUGGACCGCCUCAGCAUGAUCGCAGAGAACGUGGUCAAAAGAACGGGAUUCUACAUCAACCGCUCUGACUUCUACUGUCACACCCUGAGACCCGACGAGAGGUGGGGAGACGUUGGCGGUCACAUCACACCCACAGGACGUCUUCAGACUGGGGUACUGCGGACCAACUGUGUGGACUGUCUGGACCGGACCAACACGGCCCAGUUCAUGGUGGGGAAGUGUGCUCUGGCCUAUCAGCUGUACGCGCUCGGCAUGAUUGACAAGCCCAAGCUUCAGUUCGAUACGGACUGCGUCAGGUUGUUUGAGGAGCUGUACGAGGACCACGGAGACACUCUCUCCUUGCAGUACGGUGGCUCCCAACUGGUCCACAGGGUCAAGACCUACCGCAAAAUCGCCCCCUGGACCCAACACUCCAAGGACAUCAUGCAGACGCUGUCCCGCUACUACAGCAACGCCUUCUCAGACGCAGACCGGCAGGACGCCAUCAACCUGUUCCUCCAGGUGUACCAGCCCUCUGAGCAGCGGCCCCACCUGUGGGAGCUGCCCACAGACUUCUACCUGCACCAUAAGAGCAGCAUGGCCCUGGCCCAGGAGAGACGCAGCUACACAUACUGGUGGUCUGAAGGAGUGUUGGCCUUCCUGCCUGUGGCCUACGACGAAGUGGCUUGCAAGGACAACAUGAGGAAGGUGAAGGUGAAGCGUGUAAACCGCUACGACGAGGCCAUCGACAUCUACACCGAGUUCUUCAAGCCGUACGAGCUCACGUCCUUCGACGACACCUUCUGCAUCGCCAUGACCAACUCCGCAAGGGAGUUCAUGCCCAAGACGGUGGGAGUGGACCCCAGCCCAUUCACUGUGCGCAAGCCUGAGGAGACCGGGAAGUCCGUGCUGGGGAACAAGAGCAGCAAGGAGGAGGCGGUGGUGCAGAGGAAGACGGCGGCCAGUGCCCCCCCGCCCCCCAGCGAGGAGGCCAUCUCCAGCACGUCGGAGGACGACUCGGAGGAAGACCGCGAGGAUGACGGCUCCGUCUCUCAGCGCUCCACCCCCAUCAAGCUGCUCACCGAGUCGGGGGACAGCACACGGACACACGAGGAGUGCCAGCAGCAGCAGCUGCCUGUGAGGGCGCCGUACGGGAUAAACCUUGACGAGCUCCCUGCUGACGAGGACCUGCUGAUCUACCAGCGGUUUGCACAUCUGGGCAAGAGCCAACACAAAGUGGAGAGGAAUGAAGCUGUACAUCUAGCAGACUUCAUCUGCCUGGAUCCGGUGUCUCUCUUCCAGGAGGACAGCGUCUACGCCACGGCCCCCCCCAAGGUUGACCCUGACAGCCGCGAGGUGUUCGAGGGCCAUGUGAUGACGGGCCAGGGCCAGGUGAGGUCCCUGUGCAGGGAGGACGUGCUGAUGUACCGGGAGUACAUCAAGAACAGAUACAUGUGAGGCUGCCAGUGACCAUGAGGCCUCCAGCCAGUUCUCUGAACGUACGGCAACAGCCUGGUCUGCAGGGGAUAAGGAUAGGCAUCCCUGCCUGGAAAGUGUAUAUUGCUGAAUCAUCAAUUUAUUUUGUAUUUAUUUAUUUUAAGUGGAUAGCAGAAACACUUUGCUGGCAUCUGGAUAAUUGAUCCUGAUAAGUAAAUGUUUUUUCAUUCUUUGUAAAUACUCCAAAGCUGUCAAUUAUUAUGAAAUAUGUUUUAUUUAAAAGUGAUACUUGAGCAUAUAAAGUGACUGUUUUUAAAUGUGUAUAUUACAAUCAUUUUUUAAUUUAAUUUUAAAUCAGUGAAAUUUAAUUGUAUUUAUUUUUAAAAUAAAGUAUUUGAAAUGAA